AUGUUUCAGUUGAAUGAUCUUAUUCAACCAUUUGCAUACCAACGGCUUUUUGACACCCUUUCUGCAUCUGUUGCCAGCGAAUAUGAAGGCAAAACGAUUGCAUUUGAUGAAUCGAAGAUCAUCCAGUAUGACGCACCAACCUUCUCCAUAAAAAAGCUCAACGAAAAGUACAAUUCAGUUCUCUAUGAAUCAGACAUGGUACUUCAUCCGGAUCGUUUGAUGGAAAUAGUGGAAAGCUCAGUCGAUGACGAAGACAAGAGAAGAAUAGUUAAACGCAAGGCGUUCGUGGACUACAUGUAUCCAAAAACUAUUUGGACGAAUGGAGUACCAUACUCCAUUCAUCCCUCAAUUGUUGGACGCGCUCUUGAAAAUGUUGUCCGUGCAAUCGCUUUUUGGCAAGCGGAGACAUGUAUUAACUUCCGUCCCAGAACUACAGAAAGGCAGUUUGUGGAGUUCAUUGGUAACGACCAAGGAUGCUGGAGUACCGUUGGAAAGGACGAUGCGCUCGGACGACAAGUUGUCAGCAUUGGAAGGGGAUGCGAGCAUUUUGGGGUCACAUCGCACGAGCUGGCGCAUUCUCUGGGAGUCUUCCAUGAGCAGUCAAGGUACGACCGAGAUGUUGCAGUCCAACUAAACAGAAAUGUCGUCGAUCCAACACUUCUUUUCAACUUCGCAAAGAUCAGUCCAAGAGAACUUAACACAUACCGUCUUCCAUACGACGUCGGAAGUGUGAUGCACUACACACCAACAGAGUUUUCAUCCUACAAAUCCAUACCUGCUCUCACAACAGUUGAUCCGAACCUCCAACAAACUAUGGGGCAAAUGGAAGGACCGUCUUUUCUUGACGUUUAUAUAUUGAAUCUCCAUUAUAAUUGCCAAGCUCGCUGUCCACGUCAGUUGCCGUGUCGUAAUGGAGGCUUCACCGACAGCAGGAACUGCAACCGAUGCAAAUGUCCAACGGGUUUUGGUGGUGUUUUCUGUGACACGGUUCCUCCGUCGUUUUCGAAAGGUUGUGGCGGCGAACUGAUCGCGUAUGAGGCUGUCCGAAGGUUUGAUAUCACCAUCAAACAGAUUGGACAGAAACGAACAAAGCAGUGCUUCUACCAUUUAAAGGCACCGAAAGGCAAACGGCUCUUGGUGAACAUUGUCCGCGUACAGGCCAGAUGUGUGGAAGGAUGUUGGGAAGAUGGUGUCGAGUUCAAAAUGACCAGUGAUCCACGCCCAGUCGGCUAUAGAUUCUGUUGCCAGCUACAGUAUCAGAAACGGAUUUUGUCCAGGACUAACGUGGUGGCAUUUAUAGUGACAUCACGCAACGUUGGCAUCAUACUCACGUUUGAAUAUACUUUCGUAGAUGCAAACUCCCAUCAUGACUUCCACGAAGAGGAACCUGAAACAACCCCGGUGCCUGUUGAAGUAAUGGAGACCACAGAGAUGCAGAUGGACGGUGUGAACACAACAGUUGCUGAAGUAACGGAAACAACUCCGAACGAUUUUAGGCCCUUACCGAAUCAGCUAUUCACUUCCAGCGAUGAUCUGCAUAUUGACGAACUAUCCCCAAAGCCAUUCAUCAGUUGA